GCACCGUUCCGAGUUCCAUCAGUUGCAGCACUUCCGUCGUACGCAGUAGUAGUUGUUCUCUUUCUUCUUGUUGUUUCGAAUCGCAGAAAACAAGAGAAAAACGAGCACAUCGUUCCAAUCCUAUCGUUCCGACAUUUGAAAUCAUCAAAGUGCUUAAUUCCAAUUCGGUGCUUCGAGAAAUUGCUCAUCUCUCAUCACAAAUCGGAUUGCAGAUCAACGGCGGUCGUGUAGACAUUUGAAUUUUUGAAAUUCCCACCUCAACUAUCGACACAUUUACACAGCGGACCAUGGGUGCGACCGGGUUACCGCUGCUUUAUUCAGCCAUCUUGCUGGCCCUCUGCGUCUCCUACAUUCAAGGCCGGGUCGGUUUUGAGAAGCUGUCGGAAAUGGACUACCGAGGCAACACUUACUACACCAUCCGCAAUUUGUCACUCUACGAAUGCCAGGGAUGGUGCAGAGAAGAACCGGACUGUGCGGCGGCGUCCUUCAGUUUUGUGGUCAACCCGCUGGCUCCCAUCCAGGAGACCGUCUGCUUAUUGCAAAAUGAAACGACGGGCUCCAAUCCCACCGUCAAUCCGCAAAAGGCCGUCUCCACUUAUUACAUGAUCAAGCUCAACAUUAGAUCGGAAAAUGUAUGCAACCGACCGUGGACUUUUGAGAGGGUGCCUAACAAGAUGCUUCGCGGUCUGGACAACGCACUCAUCUUCACGGCUACCAAAGAGUCUUGCCUGGCCGCUUGCCUCAACGAGAAACGAUUCGUUUGUCGGUCGGCUGAGUACAAUUACAUCACCACCAAGUGCCACUUGAGCGAACAUGACCGACGCUCUGUCGACGACUCCAUCGAACUGGUAGAUGCUCAAGGCGUCGAUUAUUUUGAGAAUCUCUGCUUGAAAGCUGCUGAUGGAUGCCGUGGAGUUCGCCAGUACGCAGUGCCGUCCGUCGGUGUAGCCGAAGAUCGUGUUGCCCAACACGCCGACGUCUAUUUCUACGUCGACAAAGAACUAUUGGCGAGUAAUGAAGCAGCGUGUCAACGUGCCUGCCAAGUGGAAAACGAAUUCCUGUGUCGUUCCUACCUGUUCAAAGAAACAUCAGCCGGUCUAGAGUACAAUUGCCAGCUGUACCAUUUGGAUCAUUUCUCACUGCCGGACGGACCCAGCACUUUCCUCACCACUGACCGACCCCUGCUCGAUGACGGAGAACCUAUCGGAAAAUUCGUCGAGAACAUCUGCAUCAGUCCCGAAGGACUUGGUGAACUUACUGGACAAGAAGCCGGCAGUGGUGGAGUUGUCGGUGGAUCCACCAGUGGAAGUCUUACUGGAGGAAGUGGAGCUGGAACAGGUGGCGGUCUUAAUGUAGGCAGUGGAAUUGACGGUAGUACAACUGGCGAAAGUGGAACUGGAGGUAUUAACACUGGCGGAAGUGGAACUGGAGGUAUUAACACUGGAGGAAGUGGAACUGGAGGAAGUGGAAGCACUGGAACUGGCGUCAGCACACCUCGUCCUACUCGCCCAACUCGUCCUACUCGACCAGGUCUCAACGUUGGAUCAGGUAUCACCGCUGGCACUGGAACUACCGGUAGUACUGAUGGCACCGAUAUCACUGGAAUCAGCAGCGGUGGAUCAGGUGGAAUCACCAGUGGAGGCACAGGCGAUUUGACUACCGCCACCGAAUCUGAUAUCAACUGCGAUCGUACUGGAACUUGUUACGAUGUUGGAGUUCAUUGUCGUGAUACCAAGAUCGAAGUCCUGAUUAAAACAAACCGCCCGUUCAGUGGCCGCGUUUACGCCCUAGGUCGAAGUGAGACUUGCAAUAUCGACGUCCAGAAUAGCGACAGCUUCCGGCUAGACUUGACCAUGAAUGGCGGUGAUUGUAACACGCAAUCCAUGUCGGGUAUGUUCACCAACACCAUCGUCCUGCAACACCAUAGCGUCGUCAUGACUAAAGGAGACAAGAUCUACAAGAUUAAAUGUACUUACGACAUGUCACCACGUAACGUUUCCUUCGGAAUGAUGCCCAUCAGAGAUCCAGACAUGAUCAGCAUUACUUCAGCUCCUGCUGCACCUCCUCCACGCAUCCGUAUCUUGGAUCCCAGCGGUGGAGAUGUCGAGACUGUUCGCAUUGGAGACCGACUCAUCUUCCGUAUCGAAAUCCCCGGCAACACUCCGUACGGUAUUUUCGCCCGCAGCUGUCUUGCCAUGGCCAAAGAUUCUAGAAGCACCUUCCAGAUCAUCGAUGAUGAUGGCUGCCCAACUGAUCCCAGCAUCUUCCCUCGCUUCGUACCUGACGGAACUGCCCUGCAGAGCACCUACGAAGCUUUCCGUUUCACUGAGAGCUACGGUGUCAUCUUCCAAUGUAACGUGCGGUACUGUCUUGGACCUUGCGAACCGGCUACCUGCCAAUGGGGAAGAGAUACCAUGGAAUCCUGGGGACGUAAACGCCGUAGCGCGGAGAAGGUUGAAAAGAACGAAGAGGAUAUGACGCUUUCACAGGAAAUCCUUGUUCUUGACUUUGGAGAUGAAGAUACGAAAUUUAGCCAUAGACAAACAGCAUCUCUGCCAGCUAACUUCCCCAAUAACAGUACUUAUACAGUCCAUGAAGAAACAGUUACCGUAUUCAACAGCACCUGCCCAACAAAAACAUCUGUCCUAGCGUUGGCCGUCACCUGUGCUCUUCUUUUAUUAAUGUACAUCUGCACCGUUUUCUACUUCCUCAUGCGCCGUUGGUUGGGACCCGAAAAGAGUGUCUAAAAUACUAGCACAUCCUACAAAAGAAUUAAUCCUAUCUGAAAGCGGACAUUCCGAACGUGAGGCCUUUUUUUUCCUUCAACACAAUCGUUAUCCAUUAUGCCGUCAUAACGAAAUUUGUUUAACGUCCAUUAUUUUUUUUUUUUAUCAGUCGCUUGACUUGUUACGACAGUGCUUCACGUGAAUUCUGGUUACCUUUUUUUGUUGUUGUGGUGGGCCUAGGGAACUGGUCCAUUAGUAAUUUAUUAUCCUAUAUAACCCUUUAGGUGUUUCAAAACUUGCCCAGGGCAUGUUGUUGCGGGGUGCUUACGGCAGAUCUUACCCUGGUUUCUCUUGCGCACUUGUUAUGUAAAUAUGAUGUUUUGGGGGGACUUUAAUGAAAACUGCAAAAUUCUAAAAUUCUUGGGAAACCGGUUGUAGUUGGAAAAACCAAAAAUACCGCUUUAAUUAUGGAGUGUUUCUUCUUUAAUGUUAUUUUCUUCUCCCCAGAAUGAAACUUUGUUUACAGUUUAAAUAAACUGAUUCACCAAUGUUUAA